UUGAUGCUAAAAGCCUGCUCCGCUUACAUCCAAGUUCUAUCGGGAUACGCCGGUGAGCAGAAUAAGCACGUUCAGGUUUAGUUUCUGACUUAUACAUUAGCACAUCGCAACUUUUCCAUGUUUCUUGUUAAACAUGACGUCUUCUGCGACCACGUUUUCAGGCAUAGACUCUCACACCCGUGUAAAGACGAAAACCAACCCAGGAUUCCUGCAAAGAUUAGGUGACACAGCAGGAGGAACAUUGGUUGGAGUCGGGUUUUUUUUCCUCUCCAUAUACGUUCUUUUCACCAAUGAGGGACGGGCUCUGAAGACGGCGUACUCCCUCGACGAAGGUCUCGCUCAGGUCGUGUCAGUGGAUGCUUUUGCCAACCUCGACCCGCAGAACGAUGAUUCCCUGGUUCACCUGUCUGCACAGCUACGCACUUCACAGCCCCUGCAUGACCCCAACUACGGAGUAUCCGUGCAGGCAGUGAAGCUGAAGAGGGAGGUGGAGAUGUAUCAGUGGGUGGAGUACAGGGAGAGCAAGGACUACCAAGAGAAUGGUGAAACAAAAACUGAGACCACGUACUCCUACAACACUGAGUGGAAAGCAGAGCUAAUCAACAGUCGCAACUUUGAUAAGGAAAUUGGUCACCAGAACCCGAGCGCCAUGGCAGCUGAGAGUGUCACAGUCGUGGCUCCUCAAGUUCGCACAGGACCUUUUACUUUGUCUAGAGGACUGGUGGAGCAGGUGAAUAACUUCCAGACGCUGACUCUCAGAGAUUCUACGACGUCUGACUCGGACCAUUUCUUCACCAUCAGUGACAAUUAUUUCUAUCACACCCUUAACCCGAAGAGGCCAGAGGUGGGAGAUGUCCGCGUGAGAUUCUCCUUUGCGGGACUCAGCAGUGAGACAUCCAGCCUAGGCCCUGCCCAAACUGUCAGCGUUGUGGCCAAGCAGAAAGGAGACCAGCUGAAGCCCUUCAGGACCAAGGCAGGGGAUGUCUUGGAGAUCUUGUACCUGGAGGAGCUCUCUGCCGAGGAGGUGUUUGAGAGGGAGCAGAAGUCCAACAACAUGAAGACAUGGGGACUGCGAGCCGCGGGAUGGGCGCUCAUGUUCCUCAGCAUUCAGCUGACUAUGCGCAUCAUCUACACUCUAGUGGACUGGGUUCCUGUCCUCAGAGACGUGGUGUCAGCUGGGCUGAAGAUCUUUGCCCUGUCCGUCUCCUCCUCCCUCUCUCUCAUCAUCAUUGCAGCCGGUUGGUUGUUUUAUCGGCCACUGGUGGCGGCAGCUUUGGGAGCGUUGGCUCUGCUUCCAGUGUUUUUAGCACGAGCAGGACUUUCAGCCAAGAAGGACCAGUGACUAAUAAGCUGAGCCCCUUUCAUUGUUGUUUACAUAUUUACAGUAAGUAUGUAUUCUUUAAGUGCAUGUGUUGCUAACGUGAGACAUGGCUAUUACCAGCUGUUUUAUACCACAAUUGAAUUAAAUUUGGACCGUUUACUUUGUUUAGACCGUCUCCUAAAUACCAAAGACUUAAGCAGCUGUAGUUCCUUUUCAUGAACAAUCUCAAUGUGUUGGAUUUUAUUUGAACAUUAAUAAACUGUAACCUCUA